AAAGUUAAAAACAAAAAAAGAAAAGAAGACAGAACAUACAAGAGUACGAGGAAGAGUAGGGCACGAAGAACAUAACUCCUCAGUUCUUCUACUGUCUUCUCCGCCAAUUCCAAUUUCUAGUUUCUUCACUUCGAAUUGUUAAUUAAUCCAGUCGAAUAACAUAGAGGAAUUUGAAUUUGUGAGCACACAGCAAUCAAGUAUAAACAAAAGAGCGAUGGCGACAGGUGGCAAUUCCCUACCAUCAGGAACAGACGGGUCGAAAAGAACCGUAUGCUACUUCUACGAUCCGGAAGUCGGAAACUACUAUUACGGGCAAGGCCACCCGAUGAAGCCACACAGAAUGCGCAUGACCCACGCUCUCUUAGCCCACUACGGAUUACUACAACACAUGCACGUAAUGAAACCCAACCCAGCUCGAGAAAAGGAUCUCUGCAGAUUCCACGCCGACGAUUACGUCUCAUUCUUGAGAAGGAUCACACCCGAGUCAACUCAGGACCAGUUGAGGCAGCUCAAGCGGUUCAAUGUGGGCGAAGAUUGCCCCGUGUUCGACGGACUUUAUAACUUCUGCCAGACUUACGCCGGCGGGUCGAUUGGUGGCGCGGUGAAGCUGAACCAUGGGCACUGUGAUAUUGCGGUUAAUUGGGCCGGCGGUUUGCACCACGCCAAGAAGUGCGAGGCGUCUGGUUUUUGCUAUGUCAAUGAUAUCGUGCUUGCCAUUUUGGAACUCCUCAAAACUCACGAGCGUGUUCUAUACAUAGACAUAGACAUACACCAUGGCGAUGGAGUCGAGGAGGCCUUUUACGUAACCGACAGAGUGAUGACUGUUUCUUUCCAUAAAUUCGGAGAUUAUUUUCCAGGCACAGGUGACAUAUUAGACAACGGAUACGGGGCGGGGAAAUAUUACGCGCUUAACGUACCGUUGGACGAUGGAAUCGACGACGAAAGUUAUCAAUCGUUAUUUAAGCCUAUAAUUAGUAAGGUGAUGGAGGUUUAUAGACCCGGAGCAGUCGUUUUACAAUGUGGGGCCGACUCACUUUCCGGUGAUAGAUUAGGAUGCUUUAAUCUCUCCGUUAAAGGUCAUGCCGAGUGCGUCAGAUUUAUGAGGUCUUUUAAUGUGCCGCUUCUUUUACUUGGUGGAGGUGGUUACACUAUACGUAAUGUCGCUCGAUGCUGGUGCUAUGAGACAGGGGUGGCGCUUGGAGUAGAGAUAGAUGAUAAAAUGCCAGAGCAUGAAUAUAUAGAGUAUUUCGGGCCGGAGUACACUCUUCACGUUGCUCCUAGUAAUAUGGAGAAUAAAAACUCGAGAGAAAUGCUCGAUGAAAUUAGAAUUAGUCUACUCGACAAUCUCUCCAAACUUCAGCAUGCUCCGAGUGUUCAGUUCCAGGAGCGCCCACCUGAUACUUACUUCCCAGAGGCGAACGAAGAAGAUGAAGAUAAUAAAGAUGAACGAAACUAUCCUGAAUAUGAUGGUAACAUUGAUUACGAAAGUAAACCUGGCAGGGUGAAAAUGGAAUUUCUUGAACCCGUGCCAAAUGAUAAGAAUGAAGAGGCCAUAGAUCAGCUUUCCAAAAAAGGUGGAGUCGACAGUCAUUGACACGAUAAACUCAAAGGGUUCUAUGUUAGCUGCAGAAGUCGAUGAUGGACCAUGUCUUAAUUCUGAAAAGGAGAACCCCGAAAAACCUGCAUGAUAAGAUUGAUCAGACAAUUACUUGACAUCCUAAAUUAAUCCUAUAAUGUAUAUGAUGGUUCGUAUUUUUUGGUUGCGCUCAAGGCAUCUGAAAGAUUUAAUCCCUCCCAUCUUUAAGUAAUUUUGGAUAAAAGGGCCUGUAAAAAGGCUCGAUAAUAUAAUCGUUAUUAUUCUAUUGUUGGUCUAAAAUUGUAAAUCCAACGUAAACUAAUGUAUAUUUUUCAUUUUUUUGCUAUGUUAUUAGAUGGUUUUCAAGAAGCGUAACUAUAUUUUGUUG